UGGGUCGGGGGCCUGGGGCUGGGGCUCGGGCUGGCACUUGGGGUGAAGCUGGCGGGCGGGCUGAGGGGCGCGCCCCCCGCGCAGUCCCCAGGGGCCCCCGACCCCGAGGCGUCUCCUCAGGCCGAGUCGCUGUCGCCGCAGGAGCUGCCCCUCGCUCCGUGGUCUCCACAGACCCCGAUGCCGCCCCCCACCCGGCACUUCGCCAGAGCCAUCGAGAGCAGCCGCGACCUGCUGCACCGGAUCAAGGAUGAGGUGGGAGCCCCUGGCAUAGUGGUUGGAGUCUCUGUAGAUGGAAAAGAAGUCUGGUCAGAAGGUUUAGGUUAUGCUGAUGUUGAGAACCGUGUACCCUGCAAGCCAGAGACCGUUAUGAGAAUUGCCAGUAUCAGCAAAAGCCUCACGAUGGUAGCUCUUGCCAAAUUGUGGGAAGCUGGGAAACUGGAUCUUGAUAUUCCAGUACAACAUUAUGUUCCUGAAUUCCCAGAAAAAGAAUAUGAAGGUGAAAAGGUUUCUGUCACAACACGAUUAUUGAUUUCUCAUUUAAGUGGAAUUCGUCAUUAUGAAAAGGACAUGAAAAAGGUGAAAGAAGAGAAAGCUUACAAAGCCUUGAAGAUGAUGAAAGGGACAAUGGAAUCUGACCAAGAAAAAGAGUUCAAAGAAAAAGGAGGCAAAAGUAAUGAAAAGAGUGACUCUGCUAAAGCUAAAAUAGAGCAAGAUAAUGAUGCCAAAGGCCGGAAUUUAAAACCUGGCAAGAAAAAGAAUGAUUUUGAUCAAGGCGAAUUAUAUUUGAAAGAAAAGUUUGAAAAUUCAAUUGAAUCGCUAAGAUUAUUUAAAAAUGACCCUUUGUUCUUUAAACCUGGUAGUCAGUUUUUGUAUUCAACUUUUGGCUAUACCCUACUGGCAGCCAUAGUAGAAAGAGCAUCAGGAUAUAAAUAUUUGGACUAUAUGCAGAAAAUAUUCCAUGACUUGGAUAUGCUGACAACUGUGCAGGAAGAAAAUGAGCCAGUGAUUUACAAUAGAGCAAGAUUUUACGUUUACAAUAAAAAGAGACGUCUUGUCAACACACCUUACGUGGAUAACUCCUAUAAAUGGGCUGGUGGUGGAUUUCUGUCUACAGUGGGUGAUCUUCUGAAAUUUGGGAACGCAAUGCUGUAUGGUUACCAGGUCGGGCUGUUUAAGAACUCACAUGAAAACCUUUUACCUGGAUAUCUCAAGCCCGAAACGAUGGUUAUGAUUUGGACACCAGUCCCUAACACAGAGAUGUCUUGGGAUAAAGAGGGUAAAUAUGCAAUGGCAUGGGGUGUCGUGGAAAAGAAGCAGACCUACGGUUCUUGCAGGAAGCAGCGGCAUUAUGCCUCCCACACUGGAGGUGCGGUGGGUGCCAGCAGUGUCCUGCUGGUCCUUCCUGAAGAACUGGAUGCAGAAGCUAUAAAUAACAAGGUUCCCCCAAGAGGAAUAGUUGUUUCUAUCAUAUGUAACAUGCAAUCUGUUGGCCUCAACAGCACUGCUUUAAAGAUUGCUCUGGAAUUUGAUAAAGACAGAUCUGACAUAUCUUAACAUCCCAGGUACAAAAUGAGCUGUUUUAUUCUUGUUGUUUCUGGAAACAAAGUCCCAGAAUACAUGAGAUUUUUAAAAAUAGAUUUGUAAUAGAGGAUAAUUGAACGCAGAGAAUUAUGCACCUCUAGUUGCUUAAUUUUGUAAUUGUCUUUUAUUGUAAGAUUAGUUCUUUAUACUCAGGGAAGUAACUAUUAUUUUUACUUUUUGAAAAAAGGUGUUAAUCCUUGAAUAAAAUUUUCUGAUAAAAAUAUA